AUGUCUUUAUCAGUUGACGAAGCAAGGAGAAAGAAAGUUGUGAUAAAUACUAAAAAGAAUGAUUAUCUAAACUUGGAAGUAUUAGCUGUUAAUGAGAAGUGUCUAGCUCAAUUCAGAUUACGUGAUAUUGAAUUUAUCAUUCUACCAUGA